AUGGAAAAUCUACACCAAGAAAAUAUGUUUGAAAUCCGUAGACCGAAGAAAGUUCGUCGUAAUUUAUCUCAACAAAUGAGAAAGAAUAUGAUGGAAGUGGAUAUGACGUCAUCACCAAUAUGUUACAAUAAGAAUAAGAUAGUACAAGUUAGAAAUGAAGAAAUAAAAGAAGAAAUAAAUGAAAGACAAGAAGAUGAACGAAUUAAAUCAGCUGUAGAAAGAUUAUCAGAUGAUGUAGAAUUAAUAGCUGAUUGUAGUCGACCUUAUAGUCUACCUACUGUAUGUGGUAAACAUAAAGAUCUCAAGUCUAUUUCACCUCAAACU